UCUCGCGAUACCUCCAUGCCUCCACCGGCGGCGAUAGUCAGAGAGGACAUGGCGGCCAGAGGGGGGUUUCAGACGGCACCGACUGGAGGUGGUGGUGGAGCAAUGGGACCUGGACCACCGGUACCGGGCGCAGGACCAGGCAUGGGCCCUGGAACUCCUUCUGGAAGGAUGGGACCGUCGGCGGCGGCGCAGAACCACAUGUACCGCUCCCCGAUGCCCGGGCCUGGGUACCCGAGACCUGGCAUGCCUCCAUCCAAUCGUAUGACACCUCAGGGACCAGCCAUGGGCCCCCCAGGAUACGGCAACAGUCCAGUCUCUCGCCCUGUGAUGCCUGGCGUGAUGGACCCGUCUCGCAAGAGGCCCGCCCCUCAACAGAUUCAGCAGGUGCAGCAGCAGAACCGCAACCAGCACACAAAGAAGAAGAAGAUGGCUGAUAAAAUUCUACCUCAGAGGAUCAGGGAACUGGUCCCAGAGUCUCAGGCUUACAUGGAUCUGCUGGCUUUUGAGAGGAAGCUGGACCAGACUAUCAUGCGUAAGAGGCUGGACAUUCAGGAAGCCCUCAAAAGGCCAAUAAAGCAAAAGAGAAAGCUUCGGAUCUUCAUAUCAAACACCUUCAACCCUGCAAAGCCUGAUGCUGAGGAUGGAGAAGGCACAGUGGCAUCAUGGGAGUUACGCGUUGAGGGGCGUCUGCUGGAAGAUACUGCCGUGUCAAAGUAUGAAGCCACCAAACAGAAGAGGAAGUUCUCCUCCUUCUUCAAGUCUCUGGUCAUUGAGUUGGACAAAGACCUUUAUGGUCCAGAUAAUCACCUUGUGGAGUGGCACAGAACCGCCACCACCCAGGAGACUGAUGGUUUCCAGGUGAAGAGGCCUGGUGAUGUCGGGGUCCGCUGCACUGUCCUGCUGAUGCUGGACUACCAGCCCCCUCAGUUCAAGCUGGACCCCCGACUGGCUCGUAUGCUGGGCAUCCACACCCAGACCAGACCUGUCAUCAUUCAGGCCCUGUGGCAGUACGUCAAGACCCACAAACUCCAAGACCCCCAUGAGCGCGAGUUCAUCAACUGUGACAAAUACCUGCAGCAAAUCUUUGAGACUCAGCGAAUGAAGUUCUCAGAGAUCCCUCAGCGCUUGCACGCACUCCUGAUGCCCCCGGAGCCCAUCAUCAUCAACCACGUGAUCAGUGUGGACCCUAAUGACCAAAAGAAGACUGCAUGCUAUGACAUCGACGUGGAGGUGGAUGACACACUGAAGACUCAGAUGAACUCCUUCCUGCUCUCCACAGCCAGUCAGCAGGAGAUAGCAGGACUGGACAACAAGAUCCACGAAACCAUUGAGACCAUCAACCAGCUGAAGACUCAGAGAGAGUUCAUGUUGAGUUUUGCCAGAGAUCCUCAGGGCUUUAUCAACGACUGGCUCCAGUCCCAGUGCAGAGACCUCAAGACUAUGACCGAUGUGGUCAGCAACCCAGAGGAGGAGCGAAGAGCAGAGUUUUACUACCAGCCGUGGGCUCAGGAGGCCGUCUGUCGCUACUUCUACUCCAAGGUGCAACAGAGGCGACAGGAGCUGGAGCAGGCGCUUGGCAUCAGGAACACCUAAAAAGACAUCUGUCCACAGGCGACAAAUGAGGAGACAACUAAUGUGUGCGUGCGUGUGUGGGAUGUUCAAAGUGAAUUCCUCAGAGUUUUCUGACAAACUUAGGGUGAGAGAUACGAGAGACGGAUUUACUGUUGAAUAUGAUGUCUUUGUUUUUGAUUUUUGGCCCUGCAGCCUCACUGUGUUUGCAGUUUGGUUGCUAUUUCCACUUUUUUUUUGUAUGAUUUGUUUGCACAGCUUCUUGUAUUUUGUUGUGCAUGUACUAAAGCUUCACCUGAAAGCAUUCCUGUCAUUUUGAUAUGUGCACCCACGCAAAAAUGCAGAUUGAACAUGAAUGAAAAGCAGAGAGCAGAUUGUACCUGGCAACUCUUAAAUCAGCUGGAAUGUGUUGAUUUUGCCUUGGGCUUUUUGUUCCUCUUUUUGGAACAGUAAAUUCACAUUUUACACUCCUAACCCUGCACGAUUCUGUUCAAUUUACUUUUUGCAAUCAGGCUUCUUCUUUUUUUUCUUUUUUUUUGUAUUUGACUGUUUAUGUGUCACUGUCUUAAGUUCACAUUGGCUUGUUUGUGCCACAGUCUGAUGUAUGAGAGAUGUGAAAGAGCUCAAUCAUGACAAACUACAUCUUUCGUUGAUGGUGGCAUUUAGUAUGAAGUUUGGUCUUUCUUUUUUUUAUUAAUGAUUCUUGUUUUGAAACAUGUAUUAUAUCAGUACUUGUCUUGUUAGCUAGUACAGAAUAUCAAGGAAGUAGCUAGUAUGAGUACCUCUAGUCUAUAUAGUUUUGUAAAUACUGAGCAGAAAUAAACUGAAGAUGGAUGUGAAGUGAAA